CAGCGCUACGUGGCGCUACCAUAGAGAAAGAAAUUGCGCUACUGUACUAACUGUACUUUAUUGUGCAAUUCGUCGCGAUCAGCCGCAGGAGAAGCUGGAGCAGCGCCUCGCUGGCUGGAGUCGCAGCUGCCCUUUACGCACGGAGAAAAUGUCAUGACACACUGAUCGUGUUCAGUUUGUUUCUAGUCACUGACUGUAAAUGUGCCGCACCAGUGCGCCUGUAUUGCGAAAUUGGUCAAGCCUUGUGGCACAAGAUGGCAUCGAAACUCACCGCUACUGUGCGUGCAGUGGGCUCCAAGCGGCUCAACGUGCCACAACGGGCCGCGCUCGUACUUACCAAAACAGCGGUGGAUCGCGUCAAGACUUUGCUAGCCACGAACAAAGACUUCAUCGGGUUGCGAGUUGGUGUGAAACAUCGGGGCUGCAAUGGCCUCACGUACGUUUUAGACUACGCCACUGAGAAAGGAAAGUUCGACGUUGAAGUGCAACAGGACGGAGUCAAAGUUUUCAUCGACACCAAGGCUCAACUAACACUUCUCGGCACAGAAAUGGACUACGUUGAGACAGAGCUGUCCAGCGAGUUUGUUUUCAACAACCCUAACGUCAAGGGUACCUGCGGUUGCGGCGAGAGCUUUACUGUGUGACCUCUGGUCUGUCUUGAUGCUUGUGUGUAACGAAGUAGAGAGGUGAUUGUUAGAAUAAAUUAUACCGUUUUU